AUGCCCAAAGCUGCCCAGGGUCGCGCCAACAACGCGCGGUCGAACCCCCUCGGGAAAUCCUCCCCCGCCACCUCAUCAGCAACAGUUGGUCGAAGCACCAACAACUACAUCCUUCAAGUGCAGCUCAAAUACAUCUCGAACCCGCACGUCACACGCACUCUGGUCGUGCCCGCCGACUUCACAUUCCACCAGCUGAACAACGCCCUCAUAUUCAUCAUCAGCGGGCCGCCUCAAAUGGACCUGCCUCCGGGUGCUUCAAGCGGUCUAUUACUACCCGGCCCGGACCUUCUUCGUCUCGGGACGGACUACUCGGAGUGGAACGACGACGACAUCACGAAGCGGAUGAGGGAUUUCGCACUGAAGGACGUCUUCGACAACGAGAAAUACGCCGGCAAGGCCCGGAUCAUGUGGGAAUACGACUUCGGCGACGGCUGGGAGCACCUCAUCCAUUUCGUGGGCCAAGAAGACCCUUGGUUGAGAGCCUCCAUGGGCCUCGAUCCCCGUGCGCGCGUCGUCUGCAUCGCUGGCAAAGGCUCUCCCGUGGCAGAGGACUGCGGCGGGACGGAGGGAUGGCGGGAGCUGAAGAACGCGUUCGCGAAGGGCGGUGCCGACACGGAGGUUCAGAAGGCAUGGUACAAACGCAUGUGCCAGAACCGGGAUCCCGAAGGUCUGAACCCCUAUCGGUGGGAUAUUGCUGAAGUCAACCAGGCUUUGGCCGAUGGAGGAGACUUUCCGGUGAACAAGAAUUUUCCGGUAGACGAGGAUUGGGUAGCUGAGCUCCUGCUGCCAUCUACAGUAUAG